AUGUCUAAGUCUAAAGAACCAAAAGAGCCAACGGCAAGUGACUCGAGUGCCUUUAUCAAAGAUUUCUUAGCCGGUGGGAUAUCGGCAGCAGUCUCAAAAACUGCUAUGGCACCCAUGGAACGAGUCAAGCUAAUAUUACAAGUGCAGCACGUGUCUAAACAGAUUCCAGAAGACAAGCGAUAUAAAGGAAUUAUCGAUGCGUUCAUUCGUAUUCCGAGAGAACAGGGUCUUGGAUCACUAUGGCGAGGCAAUAUGGCAAAUGUAAUUAGAUAUUUUCCAACUCAAGCAUUAAAUUUUGCUUUUAAAGAUAAGUACAAAAAGAUUUUUCUUGAGGGCGUUGAUAAGAAUACUCAAUUUUGGAGGUAUUUUGCUGGUAAUCUCGCGUCUGGAGGCGCGGCCGGUGCUACUUCUUUGUGUUUCGUGUAUCCUUUAGAUUUUGCUCGAACAAGAUUAGCUGCAGAUGUCGGUAAAGGAAAGGCCAAGGAAUUCAAUGGUCUCAUUGAUUGUCUGCUGAAAACAAUAAAAUCUGACGGACCAAUGGGCUGGUACAGAGGAUUUGUUGUAUCCGUGCAAGGAAUCAUAAUUUAUCGCGCUACUUAUUUUGGAUUAUUUGACACUGCACGAGGAAUGAUGCCGGAUCCCAAAAAUACUCCCCUAUUUUUCACGUGGCUCAUCGCUCAGACGGUAACUACAAUAGCCGGGAUCACAUCGUAUCCUUUAGAUACCGUGAGAAGGCGAAUGAUGAUGCAGUCUGGUCGACCAGUUCACGAGCGUCAAUAUAAGAGCACUGUACAUUGUUGGACAACAAUUCUUCGCACAGAAGGCCCUAGAGCCUUCUUCAAAGGUGCAUUUUCAAAUGUUCUGAGAGGAGCUGGGGGAGCCUUCGUAUUGGUGCUUUAUGACGAAAUAAAGAAGCUGCUU